CUAGGGAUACUCAAGUCCCAAGAAGCAGUGAACAAGCUGCUUGAAACGACCAAACAUAAGGGUCGCAAAGGACUUGGGUUUGACUCCUCUAGUUCCAAAAGGAAAGGGAAGACAACUUUCAUCCCUCCUAAACCUACUGCCAAACCUAAUAAGCAGAAAGGGAAGGAAAAGGAGAAACCAACAGAAGUUCCCAAAAAGAUAGUCCCUUCUAAGAACUAUAGGAAGCUGGACAGACCUCAAAAAGGAAAUAAUUUCAGAAGAAAACCCUCUAACCCCCAUUAUACACGAGGCUAUACUCAUUAUGGGGUAGACAGGAGUUUUCCAAGAAAUUCUGAGUGGAGAACUAUGCCAAGAUAUAAUCACCCUCCACCCCAGAAGCUAUUUGUGCCACCUAAGUAUGCUUAUAACCGACACAGGACAUACUAUGCACAACCUAGACAAAACUAUAGGUCUUAUCAACCUAGGUUUGCUAGGAGGAAACAGGAAAUAGCACCUCCUGCACGUAGGAAGUUUUAUGCCUACGACUAUGAUUACAAUCUCAACAAGUUUAGAGCGGCAAGGAAGAUUCCCUGCAACUUCAAACUUGAUGUAGGGACACACACCAUUAACUACUCCGGACCCAAACUUAAUUGGGUACCAAAAUCUUCCUCCUCCUAAUGCAGGAAGCCACUAAGUACCCAGGUGUCUGGUACUUAGACAGUGGCUGUUCAAGACACAUGACGAGUGAUGCAAGCCUUUUGAGCAAUCUAAUUCCCUAUGAUGGUCCAAGAGUUACUUUUGGAGGAAGCAAUGAUUUCGGCCUUACUAAAGGGCUAGGAAAUCU